AUGGGUCCCCCACUUCUCCUUCUCCUCAUAUCAAUCUCACUCCAAAACUUCGCGGCCGCCGAACUUCCAACCGAACUCGAUCCAUUUCUCGAAAAACUUUUCGAUCACGAAGAAUGCGAAGAGUUCAUCUCAUCUGCCGAUUAUACGAAUAUCGCUACCACGAAAUGCACUCCGCUGACUUGCGAUUUUCCGCGACAAGUUUGCGCACGGCCUGCGAGUAAAUUUCAGGAUUCUGCAGCGAAUACUUGUAGAACUGUUCCGACUGAGGUAGGUUAUUUCUGGGGAGAGAGUUAAUCUCAAAAAAUUAAUUAUGACGUCACGAAAUAUUCAAAAAUAUGUGCUUCCAGUGUCUGACAGCGGCCAAUGGUGGAAUCCCCGUGGCGCCAGCACCAUUUCGCUUCACCACACCACAACCGAUGAUUUUUCCCACGAUGCCCAACAUUUUCCAGACACCACAACCACCUACAAAUCCAAAUGGUGAGAAAAACAUUUUUUUUGUCUUAUAAAAAAAAAUUUCGAUUUUUGAUCAUUUUCUAAUAAUUAGCAAGAACAAAGAAACUUUUAUUUUUUGAUUUUUUUUACAAAAAAAAAUUAUGAUCAAGUAUUUUUACAGUAAUAAUUACUGCGCCAUCUGUAACAAAUCCUCAAUCAAUAUGUCAAAUGCCAGCACCAACUGGACGAUUUUGCGGAUUUCGACCAAUGUAUACCUAUAAUCGCGAGACUUUGCAAUGCGAUGAAUUUUGGUUUCCUGGAUGUCGGACUCAGGAAACGAAUGCGAAUUUGUUUGAGGAUUAUCAUUCUUGUCAGAAAAUUGCGGACCUUUGUAAACGUGAGUUGGGAAAUUUUAGCUGUUUUAGUUAAAAAAAUUGAUACCGGGACGAAAAAACUACUUUUUUGUUCAAAAAGUUUCGCUGCGAAAUUAAAUUUUUUAAAAAAAGUGGGCGGAGUCUGUUCAUAUCCCUUUUUCGUCUCGCGUCUCUUCUGCACGCACACUCUCUCGUUUUCUCUCACGUGAAAUUGUGGCUAUAAUAUUUUUUCUGAUAUGAAUUUAUUAUUUUUUUGAAGUCAACAAUUUUUUAAAUCAUAUUUUUGAAACUUAUUUUGAAAGGGAUAAAGUAGAUUCCAGGGUAAACCUGAAUUUCGAUGUUUUAAAUUUUUUGGAGAAAAAAAAUCCACGUGAGAACGUUUCUAUAUUUUAUAUUAGACUACUGUGAAAAAAAUCCACGUGGCAAAAAUCAAACUUCCAAUAUUUUUCAGCAACUCCUGCACCAACACCUCCACCAUUCCAACCGCCACAAACCGCGCGUCCCCGUCCUCGUCCACCGCCACCCAAAAAACCCUCACCAACACCCGCACCUUCGCCAAUCGUCGACACUCUCAAAUCGUUCGGAGUCGGCGGAAAUUCGGCGGGUGGAAACGGCGCUCUCGGAGCCAUCGGCAUGUUCACUGGAAGUGGAUUGGGAGCCACCGGACAAGGACCGCUUGGCAGUUUUGGACCGAUGGGAAAUGCGGGAGGCCCGGGUGCGGGAGCCAGUGCAGCUGCUGCAGGUACUGGAGGAAACGGAGAGGAUUUGGGACUCUUCGGGUUGAUUCAACAAGGAUUGAUGGGUGCGCAAGCGGCGCAAGGCGGAAAAGGCGGAAAAGAGGCGGCUUCGAAAGCGGCCGGCAAGAUUCUUGAACAAUUCACCGGAUUCGAUCUCGGUGGAUUGGGCAAUAAUUUUGGAGGGCUGUUUGGAAGGUAGUGUAUUUGAAAUUGUGAGAUAUUUGUCAGGUUUUGUUGACGGGUUUAUUGUAUGUAUAUUUUAUCGAUUUUUGUUUGGAUUAAUAAAUAAAGUUUGAUAUUUUUUUCAUAAUGGAAAAAAUGCAGCCAACUCUGUGUAUGAACUUGUUCUGAUUUCAGGAAAUUAAAAAUCUAUUAUUUUCCGUACACGGGGAGGGGAAAUUGGAUUCUGUAGCCUAUUUAAUCAGAACUUAUCGAAUUCAGAAAUCAUUAACAAAAAAAAAUGCGAAUUUCCCAAAUUCUCGAUUAUUUUUCUCAACUCAUAUUCUACCUAUCAAUUCUAUCCAAUGCACUUCUUAUCUCCUUUUUGUCAUGCAAAUUCAGCAAAAAAUUUGGUGGCUAUAGAUUCUUGAUGUUCUCAUUCACAGUUGUUUCGCUAUUCGCAACAUUUGUUGAUAAUUUGAACAAACCUGUUAGUUAACUUAACUUAUUUUAUAAUCUUAUAACAAAAAAAAAGUAUUCUAGAAAUGCCACGUGGCCAAUGGUGCUUUCAUAAUUUUCUCAACGAAUACAAUUCAUGGAAGUUGGUUGAAUGGUGAGUUCAAUAGGCCGUGGGGGAUAAAAUCAAUAAUUUUGAAGCUCUGGCCUGCUCAACAUUCGCGCUCACAAUGUCCGCAUUAGCUGUUCAUUUUGUGUAUCGAUAUUUUUCAGUGUGCAGGUAUUUUUAUUUUUUAAAUUUUAAAAAUUUAUUUUUUAUUUUUUCAUUUCUGUAGAAUCCAAUCGCUUUCCUUAUUUUCCUACCCAUACUCGCUAAUUUGGCUCAUUUUUUGCUCAUCUUUCACAAUUAUUUGGUACAUAGUGAUUCAAAUAUUCCUAUCAAGGAAUCAGGAAUUUGACCAGAUUUUGGCUCCCUCACUGUUGAAAAAUUAUGGAGUUCUUCCGACUGAAAUAAUCUAUCAUGGAAGUUAUUAUUAUGUAAGUUAUACAAUAAGUUUUUUUUCACGAAAAAAAAUUUCAGAAUUCGGAUUCAAGUAUUAAUGUUCAGAACUCAAUGAUAACCUUUGGUUUAAAUUCAAUAACUAUAAUUUGCCUAAUGAUAAUUCUAAUAUGUGGAUUGAAAACCGAUCAUGAAAUCAGAACUCGAAAGCAUGUUUCAAGAAACUUUGAAGAUUUGCAACGCCAAUUGUUUCGAGCCUUGGUGAUUCAAACAAUCAUCCCAUUUUUCUCCAUGUUCCUCCCGGCAUCGCUCAUAUUAAUCCUUCCAAUUUUCAAAAUAACUUUAGGAUCUUUGGAGUUACUAUUAAUGUUAUUCAUAACAACUUAUCCAUUGAUAGAUCCUUUGAUUGUUUUGUACAUUGUUAAAGAUUAUCGACAGAUUAUCAUUGGAUUUUGGAGAAAAACAAUUCCGAGCGAUCAAAGCUUUCUACUUGUGAAAUUCUAA